CACCCCUCCGGCCCAGACCGGAAAUGAGGUCAGAAAGGGAAACCCCAGCGGGGAGACUCGGCCCCAAAAGCGGCGGCCAUUGGAGGUGGCUGCGGCAGCUGAUGUGGCCUCAUGGAUGAGCUGGUACAUGACUUAGCCUCAGCCUUGGAGCAGACAUCUGAGCAGAAUAAGCUUGGUGAGCUGUGGGAGGAAAUGGCCCUGAGCCCUCGGCAGCAGAGGCGGCAGCUUCGCAAAAGGAGAGGCCGGAAGCGCCGUUCGGACUUCACUCACCUGGCAGAGCAUACCUGCUGCUACAGUGAGGCCUCUGAGUCAAGUCUCGAUGAGGCCAUUAAGGACUGUCGAGAAAUGGCUCCUGUUGCCAAUUUUAGUGACUCUGAUGACACAAUGGUAGCCAAACGGCACCCAGCUCUCAAUGCCAUUGUUAAGAGUAAGCAGCACUCUUGGCAUGAAUCUGACUCCUUUACCGAAAAUGCACCAUGUCGACCCCUCCGGCGCCGGCGGAAGGUGAAGCGAGUGACAUCAGAGGUGGCUGCCAGCCUUCAGCAGAAGCUCAAGGUGUCAGAUUGGAGCUAUGAGAGAGGCUGCAGGUUCAAGUCUGCUAAGAAGCAGCGUCUGUCCCGUUGGAAGGAGAAUACUCCCUGGACCUCCUCAGGUCAUGGGUUGUGUGAAUCAGCGGAAAAUAGGACUUUCCUAAGCAAAACAGGAAGGAAAGAAAGGAUGGAGUGUGAAGCAGAUGAACAAAAACAGGGCUCUGAUGAGAACAUGUCAGAAUGUGAAACCAGCAGUGUGUGUAGCAGCAGUGACACAGGGCUCUUUACCAACGAUGAAGGACGGCAAGGGGAUGAUGAGCAGAGCGAUUGGUUCUAUGAGGGAGAAUGUGUCCCAGGAUUCACUGUCCCUAAUCUUCUGCCAAAGUGGGCUCCUGAUCAUUGCCCUGAAGUAGAAAGAAUGGAUUCUGGACUGGACAAACUUUCCGAUUCCACAUUCCUUUUACCUUCUCGACCAGCUCAAAGAGGGUACCAUGCCCGCUUGAAUCGUCUGCCUGGAGCUGCAGCUCGAUGCCUCAGAAAGGGCCGAAGAAGGCUUGUUGGGAAGGAGACCAGCAUAAGUACUGAGAGAAUAGGCCACAUCAUUAGUGACCCUCGGCAGAAGGAAAAGAAUAAAGCAUUGGCUUCUGAUUUUCCUCACAUUUCUGCUUGUGCACAUGAGUUUAAUCCCCUGUCUCCCCUUUACUCCUUGGAUGUUCUCACUGAUGCUUCUCACCGAAGAUGUUCACCAGCACACUGCUCUGCCAGACAGGCAAACAUACACUUGGGACCCCCAUGUUCACGUGACAUCAAGAGGAAACGGAAACCUGUAGCCACAGCGUCUCUGUCCAGCCCAAAUGCAGUUCACGUGGAUGUAGUGGAACCAACCACACCAGCAUCGCAGGUCCAGAAAUCUCCAAACCCUGAGUGGUUGGUCAGGACCUCUGCCACAGAGAAAGCCACUGACUCAGCUGCAGCCACGUUUUUUAAAAUGCCACCAGAAAAGAGCCCUGGAUACAGCUAGAGAGCAGGAUUCCACCCACCAGGAGCCACUGGGUGUUGUGAAACGCAUCCUAGACUUGGUAUCGCAGAGUCUUGCAUAUUGUAAUUGACAUUCCCAGCCCUUUCACCACCAGGAUGACCCUUCUUUCAAAAAAAGCAGUGGACUCUUUCUCUUAGAAAAUCAUGUUGUGGAAAUAUGGUUUUUUUUUUUAAAAGAAAAAGUAAAGUAUUGCAGCAGCAUUUUUAAAAAAAAAAAAAAAAAAGGUCAUCCUAUGCUAUGUUUGUUACAUUGCGGUCGCUGUCCCAGCAGCUGCCUACAGCUCCGUUUACAGAGCUGUUGCUUUUUGCAGGUAUGUCUCUUUUCUUGAAAAACUAGUAACUGCUUUUGCAUACUUUCUGUGUAGAGCUUUUAAUAUCAUUUGAGGAAGUCCCAAAUUUGUAGCCAGUUCUAGACAGAUGUAAACACUGAGUUGAGACCUGUGUGUGGAAUUGUGUUUACAGGAGAUAGAGUUUUGCCUUUGAGCCUGGUCUUGAUUCACUGAGAGUGCCAAUAAGCCAAAUUCAUCAAGUUCUCAUUUGGGAGCCUCAGAGGAGACACCAGCAGCGCAGACAGUGGGAACUUCUUCCAUUUUUCUACACGGCCUAAUGGGAUCUCCCGCAGCUGGACUGUACUUUGCCUCGUCUCCAGAGUUGGUGUUCUCCCGCAGGAGGAUAUGUACAUUCAUCAUGUAAUGAAGAAAUGGGUUAGUUGUUCAGCAAACUUAAAAUAGUCGGCGGAUUGUGUCUUAAUACUUCAUGUCACAGUGUAAGCUUUUAUGUACGAAAUGGGACUUUUAUCGUUAGCUUAUAGGUCAAUAACCUGCAGCAGAAGUUCACACUCUAUUAUAAUAAUGGCUUCUUGGGGCCAUACUUUGGGGAGAAAAAUGUCUUUUUGACAUGGCUGUAUACUUGGCGUGUAUAUGACGGCUCAGCUGCGUGUGGAGUUAUACAUACAGCAUGCCUGAAGUUGGAUGCUACUUUGUCAAAAUGAGGACUAAGUGACUGCCUGGAGCUGCUGGAGAAAAGCCACCCUUUCUAGAAAAGUAUUAUGAAGAGUGUCUGUCAUUUGGGGGCCUGUUUGACAGAAGGGUUCUUUUUUGUACGAAUUGAGUACAUUAACUCUGAAGUACAGAGAAACUGUUCUCUAAGUGCCCACUUCUCUGGUAACAUUCCAGAGGAACUCCCCACCCUGCCCCUGGAUAUUUCCUGUGCUUGAAUAGGUGCCGAGUGGGACAGAGCCUCCUUUCCCUGAAGUGCAGCUGUCCCUUUUCCUCACACAGAAUAUGAGUGUGGGCUGCUCUGUCCUGUUCCCUUUAAAAAUGCUAGUCCUUAUCAGUGCCAACUCCAGGAUUUCCGUAUGGAUGGGUAGGUGUGAAUCUAGUUGGAAGGGGGGACUUGAAGCUAAUUUAAAUGACGCUUUCUGUAAGGGGGAGAACACGUCAAUUGUCCAUAACAAGGAGUCUGGUGGAGGGAGGGACAGAUGGAGAUUAUGAGGUGAGGAGUAGCAUUAAAGCCAGCCUAGCAUCCCCCGGGAGCCACCCCUGGUUUUCCUGUCGUCCCUUGGAGCUACAUCCAGAGCAGUGUAGAAAACGAAGUGCCUGUUGAAUAUGAAAAGGCACUACCAAAUUAUUUUAAUGAUAAGGGGGGGGUUACUGUCAUGUGCAUUCUUACCUAGUUCCCAUCGUGUCCUGAGACACAUUCUUAAUACAGUUUUUUGUAUUUAAGGGAAAAAUCCAUGGACAUAAUUUUAUUUUCUUUAUACUAAGCUCUGGCUCUUGCAGAGAUGGGUCCUGUGAUCAUGGCCUGUUCAGAUCUGCACAGUUCAGAUGGGAUCUCUGAAUCAGAGAUUCAGUUCUGGCAGUUCUCCUUUCUAGUAAUUUAUAUAUAUGACUUUAUUUACAUUUUAAACAUCUCUAGGAUGUACUGCCAUUUUACAGAGACAAGAAUGGUCCCAGAGUUGAGCGACUUGCCCAAAAAUCACAUGAUCAAGCCAAGACUAAAAAUCCCAGACUUUCGGACUUCCUCUGCCCUGGGUUAUAACCUUGUUUUUCCUUGGUAGACCUGAGUCACUCUGAGACCCAUAAUUUUGAAACAGUGUGUCAUGAAUGUUUAGCAUCUUUCUUGGGCAUGCUUUUCUACAUAUUUUGAAUACACUCAGUGGGGAUUAUCCAAAAAUGCCAUAUCUGCCUGUAAUAAGUGGGGAAGAAAAUUAAUUGCCUAAGAAAUAGCUAUUAAUACUUUGCAACACAGGGUUGUAAAUUGUGCUCCUCAUUGUAAGCUGCUGCAUGAGCAUGCUGACAGAAUUAUUAACCAGCUUACUUUGCUUGUUUUCUAUCUGAGUCAAUUCCAGAGGAAUAGCCUUGGAAUUGAGUGUUUUUUGAAUCAUAAAUUUUAAAUUUCUGUUUUUAUAUAGCAAAGUGUAUGAUGUCAUACAUUGAGUAAAGUCUGUUACCUUUCAACAAAAGAUACAAUUUCAAAAUCAGGUUUUGUAGUCUCUUGAUAAAACUGAUCGCAUGACUUCCUUUGAGGAUAAUCAUCGAGCUCACGUGUAUUUGAGCUGCCUAAAGUAGUAACUGAAGCUGCGUUCCACAGUUCUUACUUCUCUUCCACCGGCUUCUGAUUUAUCCUAGCUGGCCACACAGCCUGCCUGUCUGAAUCCUAAUCUUCUGUAUUUUCCACAAGGAGCAAAAGUCAAGACGUUAUCCACUUGCAUGAGCAUCAUUCAUAGAAAUUAGUUUUGCUUACGAGUUUAAGAGAGUUUGAGAUUAUGUUUCAGAUGCAGCAUUUUAAAGGGAACAAGUUCAUUUGCAUCAAAACUCUUGUGUUGUUUUUUGGUAAGAACUGUGCAGAAGAGGGAAUUAGCUGUUACGUGGUGCCAGAUUUAGGAGAGGCGGAGUGUGAUCUUUAUUGAGUGGUGUGUGCUUGAUAAAUAAGGCACAUUUAACCUUGAAUUCUUUUGAAAUCAGAUGCAAUUGAAAAUUUUGUUUUGCUGGGCUAUGAAACAGGCUGCAAACAAGGCUGUUUUGACAGCAAAAUGACCGAAAGCUGAAAUAAAAUUUCUUAUUCUGUGAUGCUUAUGGCAUCCUUUGCUAAGGAGUAAAGCUCCACCCUGACAAUAGGUAAUUAAACUACUUACGAAUCUCACAUAGAAGACUGUGCUCUAUCUUUUUUUUUUUUUUUUGGCAUCAGAAACACAGUCUAAAGCACAGCCUUGGAAGUUCUGGAGCCACAGAGGAGCAGAGCCAUCACGGAGGUCGCUUGGAGUUGAACAAGUUAGUCAAGAGAAAGGAGCUAGGCCGGCAGCGUCAUUGCUGCUGUGAUGGCCCCUCCACUUUGGCUCCAGGUGAGGGCUCCUGGUGAUAUUGGAUUCAUUUUCAGGUCCUUUCUUUAGUUUGGCUUCAUUACCGUGGUGUGGGCCGUACACUUUUUGUUUCCCCAGGGAGAAGUCUCAGCAUUAGGAGCCUCAGUCAGUGUUCUUCUGUAAGUCCGGUGAACCUUCUGUGAGCUGGCGUGAGAACAGAGUGGCUUACCCUACUGGCUGUGGCUGAGGUCUGGUCGGGGGCACAGUUUACAGCAUGCAUCAUGAUUCACAGCGUGGGGGGAGGAAUGGUAAAAGCCGUUUGCUCUUGGUAUCAGCUGCUUCCUUUGUUAAUGCUGGAGCUGUCUUUCUUCUCAGUAUUUCCUUAUCUCCCACUCUGGUCAUCCAGUUAGUGGAGUUCCUAAUGGUGGCAGCAAUCAGGGUGGGGUUCUACCCCAUUAGAAUAUGGCACAGAGGGAGAAAGUGAGGGAAUCGGGGGGGGGGGGUUCUGCUACAGCACUAAGUGCCACGUGGCCCAGAGAUGCUUCCACCUACAUUAAGAUCCCCAAACAGAUGAAUGUCAAAUGCCUGGAAACAGCAACAUCGAAAAGAAGCAAGGAAAAUGAAUGAUCCUGCUGAAGAAUGUGGAUUGUAAGGUUCUUAACAACCUGGCAAAGCAAACUUACAGCCAAAAGGAGAAAUUUUCCUGCCACUGCAAAUAGACAUAAGCACUUACUAAAAAUUGCUGAGUUUUUGGAAUAAAAACUUUUCAAGUACAGUAUUGAAGAAUGAGGCAGAUUCCGAAGAUGUUGACCAAGAAAAGCAAUCUUGGCAAAGUCCAGAAGUGAGAAGGCAUGAGGAAGAGAAGGGGAGAUGCUUAGAGCAGGGGUGCUGGGGCCCCUCGACCACCAGCAGCAGCACACUUGCCCCCACCAGACAUACUGAACCAGAAACUGAGGGUGGGCCCCGAAAUCUCACAAGCCCCCCGGGGGACUUGGUGCACACGGACAUUUGAGAACCACAGGAUUUGCUGUACCUAAAUGUUUUAAUAUAUUGGCCUCCCCCUAAGCCCUGAGGUGCACUUAUGUUUCCCUCCAUAAGUAUAGACAUGUUUUGUGAACGAUUCUUUGCAGAAACUGUUAAUGUCUUUAUUUCCCAUACUUUUUCCCUACAGUCCCUAAAAGAUCUCCUGGAAAUAUUGAGAAAGAAUAAUGUGGAGAAAAUUGCCAUCAAGGCCAUAUUUAGAUGGAUGGAAACAACCUUUAAAGUGGAUUAAAAUAUAACAAUGAAUUUUUA